AUGGCGCCCAAGAAGCCGAGAGUGCAGUACGCGGAGCGCCGGCCCGGCGCGGGGGCCGAGGGCGCCGAGCCGCAGCCGUCGGAGCGGGCGCAGCACCUGCAGCGCGAACACGCACUGCUGUCGGGGCAGCUGCGCGCCUGCGAGGAGCGCGUGGACGCGGUGCUGGAGGAGAACGCCCUCCUGGAACGCGAGGCGCUGCGCCUGCGUGAGGAGAACCGGCUCUACGCCGGCUAUGUGAGCGCGCGCGCGCAGCGCUGCGCCACCGCCGUCGUGCGGCUGGACGAGCAGGACCGCGUGGCCCUGGCGCAGACCCGCCGGCAGCGGGCGGAGCUGGCGUCGCUCUACCAGGCGCGCGAGGACGGGGUGCGCGCGCAGCUGCUGCAGAUGGAGGCGCGCGCGGCGCAGACGGCGCGGCAGGUGCAGGAGCUGCAGCCCUACAAGGAGCUGCAGCUGGAGCAGCUGGCGCGCAUCCGGGCGCUGGAGCGCGAGCUGCUGCACAUGCGCGUGGAGCACACGCAGCUCCUGCACCGCGCGAAGCGGCGCUUCCUAGAGGACAAGGCGGCCUUGGAGCGCGAGGCGCGCCAGCGUGUGCAGUCCCUGGCGCGGCGCGCCGAGAGGGAAGCUGCACGCGCGCUCAUCGCGCACACACAGGCCGUCAAGGCGGAGAACGGGCGCCUGCGGCAGGAGCUGCUGCGGCUGCUCCACCGAACCCAGCUGCUGCACGACACGCGGCGCCAGCUGCUGGAGCAGCGCGAGCAGCUGCGGCGCGAGCACGAGGAUACGCGGGACCUGGCGCGCGUGCACAGCUGGCUGCGCAGGGGCCCCGGGGGCCCGCCGCUCUGGCAGCCGCCCCUCUCCUUCCCGCCCACCUCGCGCCCGUCACGCGCGACCUCCCGGGUCCCGUCCCUGAGCCCAUCGCGCGCGAGCUCCCGGACCCUGUCGCUGGCGUGGUCACGUGCGGACUCUCGGCUCUCUUCGCUGUCCUCACGGCGUGUAACCUCACAGGACACUGUCCCCUCUGCGAAGUCUGGCCCCGCAGUUCCCUGGGGUCUGUCCCGCUAUCGGGGCUCUGUCCACCCCGCAGGCGGCGGAGUCCGUGAGCACUGA